AUGGCUCCGCGCUUCGUUCCGCCGGGGCAGCGCGGACGGACCCCGCUGCCUGGCCCGGCCCUAUCGGUCCGCCCGCUCCUGGGCUCCUCCUCGGUCGCGGGCCCGCCCCGGGCACAGUCCGCCCGCAACAUGGAGCCAUAUCCCAGCUUCCGCGGCCGGCGGGCCCUGGUCACUGGGGCCGGCAAAGGGAUCGGACGCGCCGUGGCCGUGGCGCUGAGCAGGGCCGGGGCCCGCGUGACCGCGCUGAGCCGAACCGCGGCGGACCUGGAGAGCCUCGCGCGGGAGUGCCCGGGCAUCGAGCCCCUCUGCCUGGACCUGGCGGACUGGGACGCGGCGGAGGCGGCGGUGGCCACGGCGGGGCCCUUCGAGCUGCUGGUGAACAACGCGGCGGUGGCGGAGCUGCAACCCUUCCUGGAGGUGACGCGGGAGGCCUUGCAGCGGUCUCUUGAUGUGAACUUUGGGGCUGUUCUUCACGUUUCCCAGAUCGUUGCUCGGCAGAUGAUCAAGCAGGGAGUGGCAGGGGCUAUUGUGAAUGUCUCCAGCCAGGCCUCGAAGCGUGCCCUGAGGGAUCACGCUGUUUACUGUUCCACAAAAAGUGCUUUGGAUAUGCUGACCAAGGUAAUGGCAAUGGAACUGGGACCCCACAAGAUUAGGGUGAACACUGUGAACCCCACCGUGGUUAUGACUGACAUGGGGAGAAUUAACUGGAGUGACCCUCAGAAAUCUGCUGCCAUGAUUAAUCGGAUUCCCCUGGGAAAGUUUGCAGAGGUGGAUGAUGUGGUAAACAGCGUUCUCUUCCUGCUGAGUGGCAAGAGUGCUAUGACAACUGGCAGCUCACUGAUGGUUGAUGGGGGCUUCCUUGUCUCCUGAGAUGGCAACUGCAUUUCACCCCAGCCUUAAUUUUCAUACUGGUACUGCAUAGAUGUAAGCUGGAUAGAAAACAAUAACACAGACAUAGUCUCGCUAGAGGGGCAGCAGGGCUGGAGCCUGUAGGAGAAGUGAGGCAGAAAAUAACCUUUGGAAGGCUGGUAUAUAAUAAAGCUCAAAUACGUCGUCA